CUCAGAUUCCCAAAGUCUUCCCAGUACUACUAGCUAAAAGUUUUCCCCUAAUUACCAAGUACUGUACCGUAUGCACUGGAGAGAGGAUUGACGGGUAAGAGAGAUCUUACAGCGAGCGUGCCUCGCACAGCUGAGGCGAGCUCCACCAAUCAAUGGCUGCUGCUUCGCCAUUGCGCCGGUGGCCGCUCAACCACACGACUACCACGGUUUCUCUCUCCUCCUCCACGAGUUUCCCACUCUUUUACACGAAACGCCGUCGUAUUAUUCCGUGGUCUUCAAAUUUCAACUAUUCUUCAUCUUCUUCAUGUGGCUGUGGUAUUAACAAUGGUUCGAGUAAUGCGACAAAGAAACUCAGAAGAAAACCAGUCGAAACAAUCGCCGUUGAUUCGGAUACUAAAGAAGUGCACAAUUUUUUAUUGAACGGUGAAAAAAGGUUGGGUUUCAGAUGGUUGUUCGGAAAGCGAGCAUUGUGGCGGAGAAUAUUCUUUCUGUCACCGAAAGUAAGGGGCAUCAUUUUGCUGAACGCAAUCACACUUGUUUACGCCAGUAACAUUCCAAUUGUGAAGGAAGUUGAAGCUAUUAUUGAUCCAAAGGCCUUCACCGUGGUCCGAUUUGUUUUGGCUACAAUCCCGUUUAUCCCGUUCGUAUACUGGGCUAGAAGUGAUGCUCAUACUCAUCGUGCAGGGAUAGAAUUGGGAUUUUGGGCUAGCUUAGGGUACAUCCUGCAAGCGCUUGGACUUGUCACGUCUGAAGCUGGACGGGCGUCGUUUAUUUGCAUGUUCACUGUAAUUGUUGUGCCGUUGAUUGAUGGCAUGCUUGGAUCUGUAAUACCUGCUCGUACCUGGUUUGGAGCUCUCAUGUCUUUAGUUGGGGUUGCUAUGCUUGAGUCGAGCGGAUCACCUCCGUGUAUUGGAGACUUGUUAAACUUUUUAAGUGCUGUGUCUUUCGGGAUUCACAUGCUAAGAACUGAGCAUAUAUCAAGGAUUCACAUGCUAAGAACUGAGCAUAUAUCAAGAAGUACAAAACGAGAGAAUGUCCUGGCUCUCCUUGGAUAUGAGGUAUGCGUUGUUGCGCUUCUAUCAACUGUUUGGUAUUUUGUCGAAGGCUGUUUCGGUGGUGGUAUUCUAGAAUCAAAUCCAUUUUCUUGGACAUGGGCUACAGUUUUGGAUUGGAUUUCAUCAUUUCCUUGGUUACCUGCACUUUAUACUGGCAUUUUUUCGACUGGCUUGUGCUUGUGGGUAGAGAUGUCUGCCAUGCGUGAUGUUUCCGCGACAGAAGCUGCAAUUAUAUAUGGAUUGGAACCGGUAUGGGGUGCUGGAUUUGCUUGGUUUUUUCUUGGUGAGAGAUGGGGUCUCGGUGGAUGGAUUGGAGCUGCUCUUGUGCUCGGUGGAAGUUUAACAGUGCAGAUAAUGGGAGGAAAAUCAGAUUCUUUGUCAAGAGGCAACGAAAUCGGGAUCCGGGACAAUAACGAUUUUUUGAUUUCAGAUAAGAUAAAUAGUCUUUCUGCAUCUCCUGUUGUUGUUAAGAGUAGAAAAGAUUCAUCCGACUUAAUAAAAAAAUGAAUACAUAAACUUAUUUAUUUAUCUUUUUCUUGAAAAUAAAUAAAAAAAUAAUUUAGGAUUCAAAGUUGAAACUGAUAGCAGCAGUACCUAGUGUACAUGUACAUUGCCAGGUGAUAUAUUCCGACCAAUGAGAUAGAUAAACAUGAGUAACCCUCGGAGCUUUAUUUAUUUACAUUAAUGUAUGUAUUAAGGCAAUUUUGAGAAGGAACUUAAAAGAGUAUUUUUCUUCUUUUUA